AUGGCAGACCCCUCAACGUUUGUCACAGAAGGGGUAAUGCCAACUGCGGUGGAGGUGGACACUUGUGUCCUGGAGAUUAGAAGGAAAUACAAUGUCAUUCCAACUCUCACAUGCUCUGUGUGUUUUCUGGUUGGAAUCAUCUACUGCUUCUGUGGCUAUCGCUGCUUUAAGCUUGUCAUGUUCCUGUCGGGCCUGUUGUUUGGUUCGGAGGUGGGCUCCCUGCUGUGCCUGAGAGAGCAGCUCCUGGACACUCCGCUGGACACAGAGACACGGCUGGGAAUUUCUCUGGGAAUCGGCGUCCUGGCCGGCCUUGUGACGGUGCUGGUGCGUUGCGUGGGACUCUUCUUAACCGGCCUGCAGCUGGGCCUUUUACUCUGCGUCGUGCCUCUCCUGGCUGUGGGCCAGUAUUACGACCUAACCCCGGUCUGGGCUCCUCUGGGCACUGUUCUGGGCACCAGCGUUUUCUGUGCCGUCCUUGCCCUACUGUGGCAGAAAGCACUGACUGUGGCUGCCACAGCGGUAAUGGGAGCUGCCUUGGCAGUAACCUGUGUGGAUUACUGGCUUGAGACACCGCUGUUGGUAGUCAGGGCCUAUGAAGGACUGCGACGCACAGAGCAGAAACCAUACUGUUGGUAUAGUUGGCUGAUAGUGGGUGCCUGGCCUGUGCUGGCACUGCUGGGAGCACUGGUGCAAUGGAAGCUGACUGCACGAGGCCUUUCACACACAAAGGUAAUUUUCAGGGGGAGGCAGAAGCAGGUGCAGCUGAUGAAGAUCAGGCAGAGAGAGUCCCGGAGGCGGCCGGAGGGAACCUAUCGACGCAGGCCGCCUCCACUCAAACGCUACGCCGGAGACGUUCUGGCUCCAAGCUACCUGCAGAGCCUGCGUGAGCGACAGAUGAGCACGGGAUCAUCACAGAGCAGUCUGAGCACCGUCCAUCACACCAUGAUCGACUUUGACUACGAGACGGGAUCCAUGGUGCCUCUCACCUCCUCCGCCUCCUCAGCCAUCCUCAGAGUCUGA